UGCUGAGGUCUUUUCCUCUUCCUUUGCACCAGGAGCACAGCCAGCUGCAGCAGCUCUCCAUGCUCCUCUUCCGGGAGCUGAUGGAAGCGACAGAGAGGAGCAAGAGCCUAAAGCCACACGUGUACCUGAGUCUGGUGCCAUUCUACUUCAACUGGCACGAUGAGAACCAGCGUGUGGCAGAGGCCUCUCGGAGAGCACUGUUUGGUGCAGCCAGGUUCCUGAAGUGGAGGGAUCUUGAGAACUUGGUGACCAUGGAGCAGCCGUGGAGGUUUCCCGAGUGCCUGCUGGAAAAGGACAGGAGCCGAGUGGGCCAGUACGUGCGCCAGGCCCUGCCAUUCCUGGAGAGCCCAGAGGAGCCCCUGCGAAAGCUGGCCAUCAAGUUUCUGGGGAUCGCCGCCAGGUCCAUGAAGCAGGAGCAGCCAGAGCUGCAGCUCAUCUGCCAAGCCCUUCAAGACAUCACUGAUGACAGCCCUGCCGUCUCAAACCUGGCCCAGGAAACGCUCCACAUCAUCAGAGCUGUGCGGAGAACUUCAUUCUUCCCAUUCUGGUAGUCUCCGUUGCUGCCUCUUCCAGCCCGUAGAAGUGUGACAGAAGACAUCAGACUCGCCAUGGCAGGCCUGGCAAUUCAACACCGCUACGUGCCAAGAUCUGUACAGAUGGCUCCUUACUGCA